CUGCCAUCCCAGAAAACUCGUGGUAUUUAGCACGCGGGGUGUCUCCCGGACUGCCAGUGGUUGUUGUUCUUGACUCGUCCCGAGCGAGAGACAGGCCCACGUGCCGCCGGCUUGCAAUAUCCUUAUUUUGGGGUCGAAUAGAAUUCGUUCAAGGUUUAUUGUACUGCAUUCACGAUAAAGAGGAGGGAUAAAAAAUGAGGAUGGCUUGCUUUUGUUCGGUACUCAUAAGGCGGGAGGUGUCUGCGGUUUCGUGGGCAUGGGUAUGUGUGUUUGCAGCGCUGCAGUAUGGCCCUAAACACAGCCGUCUCUAUCUCUCCACGAGACAACUUCCCGGAUAUCCUCAGAGGUAAACGGGUCUUGCUGACGACAGAAUCACUAGGUCCGGUCAAUGGCGUCAGUCGCACAACGCGCAGUCUAAUCGAUUAUCUCCAUCGCAAUGGGGUAGACCUGGCAGUGGUUGCGCCACACUUCGAGGGGCAGCAACAACAGCAGGCAGAUGAAAGGCUAUUCCGUGAAGUGCGCAUUCCCGGAUAUCCACUACCCUACAAUCCGGACUUGACGGUGGUGUAUCCAUUCCACCUUGAUGAUGUCUACCGACAAACCUUUGAGCCGGACGUGAUCUAUCUGGCUAGUCCAGCCUCGCUCGGUUUCCAGAUGCUGCUUCUUCUUCGCCAACUGCGACGUUCGCCGGUGGUGCUGUUGAACUUCCAGACGGAUUUAUCUGCAUACAGUGAAAUCCUCCUGCCGGCUCCGUUGGACCGGUUCGCUGUUUGGCUUCUUGCGACGGUGCAGGGAUAUUUGUUCAGUCUCCCUGCCGUGCAUACCAUCUUUUAUCCCUCUUCUGCUAUACGGGGCUACCUUGAGAAGACAGGAGCACCGCAGAACCGAUUCCAUAAACUUGGACGUGGUGUCGACACUUCACUAUUCAACCCAUCCCACCGCGAUGAAAGCUACCGCCAGUCAAUCGCCCCCAAUAACGAAAUAAUCCUCGUCUACGUAUGCCGCCUAGCCCCAGAAAAAGGCUUCGACUUCCUAUCUCAAGUAGCAACACAACUCGCAGCAGCAAACCUACCCUUCAAAAUACUCAUCGUAGGCGGCAACCGCAACCCGGCCGUCGAAACUCGCAUCCACCGCCUCUUCGACGAAGUUCGGGACCAUGUCAUUUUCACCGGUUUCCUGACGGGAGUGGAUCUCGCGCGCGCAUACGCUGCGGGGGAUUUAUUCCUGCAUUGUUCUGUGACUGAGACGUUUGGGCUGGUUGUGCUCGAGGCCAUGGCCAGCGGGCUUCCGGUUAUUGCGCGCGACCAGGGCGGGCCGUCGGAUAUUAUUCGUAAUGGCCAGACAGGGUAUCUCAUGCCGCCGGACGACUUGGAUGGGUUUGUUAAGUUGGUGCGACAAGUGUCGAUUGACGGAGGACUCCGGUCUAAUCUGAGCAGUGCUGCUCGAGGGUACGCAGACGUGACGACAUGGGAGGCUAUUAAUCGUCGCGUGGCAUGGCAGAUUGCAGAUGCUGUCGAGUCGCGGCCGCUCUCGAGAGCGCCGGUUACGCCUCUGCACAUGGUGUGGGUGUUGGUUGAGAAGAUGCGCCUUCUGGCUGCUAUUGGGAUGGUGUAUUUGAUGUGGCUGAUAGCCGUGGUGCCGUUGAUUAUGCAUGGAGAGACCAUACCGCGGUUGCGUGCUUUUUAUAAAGCUUGGAAAUAGUAAUGGUAAUGAACAAUGGCUUUGUUGUAGCUCCGUAGUGAUACAGAUUAUCACUGUUGAUUGAAUAAACAAGCCAAGUUGUACGUCUCGUCCAAGCGCUGCUGUAUAGCAGCCAUAACCUGAUCCAAGUCUGGC